UGAUUGGCUGCUGUUGGCGCGACGCUGCCGGCUGACGGCAGCGCCGUAGCCCGCUGCUCUCCUCCGAGAUGGCGGCGCUGUCAGCGUCUGGCGUUACCAGAAGAGGCCUCGCGUGGGUCGUCUUAGGGGCACCGCGGAGAGAAUUUUGGUCUCGAUUCAGAAAAGAGAAGAAGCCAUUGGUGCCUGAGACAGUAGAAGAGGUGAAGGAAAAACCUAUUUUGGUGUGUCCACCCUUACGAAGCCGAACAUACAUACCACCUGAAGAUCUCCAGAGUCGUGUGGAAUCUUGUGUCAGAGAAAUUUUUGGCUCAUCUGUUCCUAGCAGUUGGCAGGACGUGUCCCUGGAAGAUGGUCAUCUGAAAUUCGGGUUGUUGUCACGUUUAGCUGAUGACUUGGGCCAUGCAGUGCCCAACUCCAGGCUUCACCAGAUGUGCAGGGUCAGAGAUGUUCUUGAUUUCUAUAAUGUGCCUAUUCAUGAUAGAUCUAAAUUUGAUGAACUGAUUGCCAGUAAUCUGCCUCCCAAUUUAAAAAUCACUUGGGGUUAUUGAGCAACUCAGAAGAGGAGCAUCCUGAAAUCAUUUUGUCUUGAGCAAGGGGACUGGUUAUUAGACUUUUGAUACUUUACCAUGUGAAAUGCUAUCAGAAUUGUUCUCUAAAUCCUCUUUUUCUGUAGAAGAAUGAAUUAGCUCUUUUUUUCCCUCAUAUCAUGAAUUAACAACAGGAUUUUCUUUUUUCACAUUUGCUGAAGUCUUUUUUUUUUUUCUUUUGAUGGAAUUGAGUCAUUAAUCAUGUAUGAAAGUUUCCUUCUCUGGAGGACACUAAUUAUUAAACUUAGGUUUAAGAUAUGAGGCUAUUCUAUGUUCAGAUGUGGUCUUUAUUCUUUUAGGUGUAAAAUAGUAGAUGCAAAAAUAUGUUUAAAUCCUGUUAGGACUCUUAAGUCUAAGGUAGCAUUAUGUAUAGUAUGUAUACAAAUAAGGAAACUUGUUAAAGAAAUGUAAAAAGAGGGAAAAAAAAAGAAAUGUAAAAAGCAAUGUUUAUUAUAGCAAAUUGUUUCUUUCACUGCUUUACUCAUAGAAAUAGAAAAUGAUACUGGCUGUUCUAGACUAACCUCUUUUGGAAUUAAAGUAUAUUUUUGAAGUG